GCUUCCGGCCCCGCCGAGCCGAGCGGAGCCGAGCGGAGCCGAGCAGGCGCUCGGCUGCCCCGCGGCACAGGGAGCCUGCCCGCCCGGCGCGGCGCAUAAGGCCAGCGCUUUCCGACUUCAGCUACAGUGCUAGCUAAGUCGGGGAAGGCACCACGGAGCGAAGCGGCGCGUCCCAGCCCCGGUCCCUGUCUCUGUCCCGCGGCAUGGCGCGGGGAGCUGAGCCCGCGGGCGAGCGGCGGCGGCGCUGCGGCUCCGUGCUCGGCUACUUCACCUCUGCAAAGUUCCUCCUCUACCUGGGGCACGCGCUGUCCACCUGGGGAGAUCGUAUGUGGCAUUUUGCUGUGUCUGUAUUCCUGGUUGAACUUUAUGGAAACAGCUUACUCCUGACUGCAGUCUAUGGACUGGUUGUGGCGGGAUCAGUUCUUCUCCUGGGAGCCAUUAUUGGAGACUGGGUGGACAAGAACUCCAGGCUCAAAGUGGCGCAGACAUCCUUGGUUGUACAGAAUGCAUCUGUCAUCCUGUGUGGUAUUAUCCUGAUGAUUGUCUUCUGGUUUAAGACACAGCUUUUGACCUUAUACCAUGGAUGGCUUCUUACGAUGUGCUAUAUCCUGGUUAUCACGAUAGCAAAUAUUGCCAAUUUGGCCAGCACUGCCACAGCGAUCACAAUUCAGAGGGACUGGAUUGUUGUGGUUGCAGGGGAAGACAGAAGCAAACUGGCAGAUAUGAAUGCCACAAUACGAAGAAUCGAUCAGUUGACCAAUAUCUUGGCCCCAAUGGCAGUUGGUCAGAUAAUGACAUUUGGCUCUCCAACGAUUGGCUGUGGAUUCAUUUCUGGUUGGAACCUGAUGUCAAUGUGUGUGGAAUACCUGCUGCUCUGGAAGGUUUAUCAGAAGACCCCUACUCUGGCUCUCAAGUGUUCAAAAGUUGAAGAAUCAGAACUGAAACAGCUGAAUGCAAAAAAAGACAAUGACAUGAAACCUGCUGAAGGAGUGCAGUUAAUUGUUGAGAAAGAUGUAAGUGGCUUUGAGCCCCAACAGGAGAAGGAAGUCGGCUGUGCUGCCCGGGUUGCCGAGCCUUUCAUCACAUUUCGUGAUGGAUGGGUUGCGUACUACAACCAGCCUGUGUUUCUUGCAGGCAUGGGGCUUGCAUUUCUGUAUAUGACUGUUCUGGGCUUUGAUUGCAUUACUACAGGCUAUGCAUACACUCAAGGUCUGAGUGGUUCUGUGCUAAGCCUUCUGAUGGGUGCCUCGGCAGUCACUGGCAUCAUGGGAACAGUGGCUUUCACCUGGCUUCGUCGCAAAUGUGGUCUGAUUCGCACGGGCCUUAUUUCUGGAGUCGCCCAGUUUGCUUGUCUGAUCUUAUGUGCCAUCUCUGUAUUCAUGCCUGGAAGUCCUAUGGAUUUGACGGUUUCCCCAUUUGCUGACAUCAGUGCCCGGCUGUUUAAAAGUGAGCCAUUACCUACUAUUGCAUCUCCAGGAGGUGAGCCUGAAAUGGCUUUGGCAACUGGAAUGCCCAACUUGUUAAACGGGUCUACUACUCCUGCUAACAGUGGCCCAGAGAUGAGUCCUGAGCCCGUGCCUUUAAUCUCUGUUAGUCUCCUGUUUGCAGGGGUCAUUGCUGCUAGAGUUGGCCUUUGGUCCUUUGAUUUGACUGUCACACAGUUACUCCAAGAAAACGUGGUAGAAUCUGAAAGAGGCAUCAUAAACGGUGUCCAAAACUCCAUGAAUUACCUUCUUGAUCUGCUGCACUUCAUCAUGGUCAUCUUGGCCCCUAAUCCUGAAGCUUUUGGCUUAUUGGUGCUUAUUUCUGUGUCUUUUGUUGCAAUGGGCCACAUAAUGUACUUCAGAUUUGCUCAGAAAAACUUGGGAAAACAACUUUUUGCUUGUUGCACUCCUGAUCCCAAAGCAGUCUCUGAUAGUUCACUGCCUGGUAAUACGUCCACUGUCUGAAAGGAUCCACUUCUUACUAACUUGCUACACAAAUAUCAUGGUUAAAAACAUAUAUGGCCUUUUGUUACCAUGUCUAAGGUGUUUCUCUAGAGUUGAAUGCAUAACUUAAACAUGUAAGGAAGCCUUCCCAAGAGAACCAAAAUCUAUCUUACAGAGAGCCUGCACAAAUGUUUCAUGUUUGGCUAGGACAACCUAGCUGGAUCUUCAUGACUAGUGUUUCAAGGGAACCUCAGAAAUAAUACAUCUAGUAUUUGAUCACAAAAUAAUGUUGAAUUUGUCCCCAAGACCCCUACAGUGAUACUGUUUUGCAGUUAAAUGUAGUCACCUUGUGAAUUCUGAACAAUUCUUUUUGCUCAUUGAGCAAAACAAGGUUUUUAAUUAGUUGCUUCAUAUACCAUAUUUGUUUUUUCUAUUUUUCCCCUAACCAUAAACAUUCUGUUUCACAUAUUUCUCCCGUGUUUUCAAAAGGGUUAAAAUGUCCUGUUCCUAAAGGGAACUCUGAAGUUCUGAUGCUUUCCCCAGAGAGCUUUUUAGUAUUAUAUCUGUUCUGGUUUAACUUUAUAGAAACACCUGUGUAGGUUUUUUUGCAUGUUUUCUUACAAUUUAUAUUAGCCAUAGGUACAAGAUAUUGUAUUACACUGUUGCACUUCAUAAACUAGAACAUAACCUCAUUUUAGCAGAAGCUAUUAAUAUAAUGUAACAUUAUAAAGCAUGGCUUUUUUAAUUGCAAAUGACAUGUCUGCUCAGGUUUGAUGUAGCAGAGAGUACUAAGGUCAGGAGUACUGGUACAGAAAACUUAAAGUCUGGGCUAACUUAGCCUUUGCUUUUGACUACAAGCAGCUUUAGUUUAUUUUCAAAUGCUACUGUUUUCAGAAACCCUCUUGAAGUCUGAUGUAUUGGAAAAUGGUUAGUAUUCCAGGCAGAAGAAACAAAGUGGAUGACUUGCUUUUAUCUGUUUUACAUUUAUGUGGAUUUUGACUUAGUUUGUCCUAAAAUACUGCUAGAACAAUGAGAUGUUGGAUUGUGUGGCCCUCUAAAGCAACUUCAGAGAAAUGGAGAAUGAUAUAUCCCUCUGAUUUUCAAGAAGUUCUUGUGUUAGUUGACCCUGCACGUGUACUAACACAGUGCUUCUGUAGUCUUUAGCCAUUUAUGCACUUUUGUGGAAACUAUUCCAAGCACUUUGCUUUUCUGUAGGGUUGAAAUCUGUAGAGUUCCAGGUUUUCCUAUGGUAUGACAGUAUGGCCUUUCAACCUAAAUCUUUGUAAAAUGUUUGUUUGCCAAAUUAUAAGAAGUAUGCAGAAACAUGAAGGAUAAUUUUCACAAGUUGCUGACAUAACUUUUAAGGUUUUUAUUUUAGGUACUGUCCUUCACACAGUCAUCUGUGUUGCUAAACUUCGACCCUGGAAUGUAAGUGUGUAAACUCCAUUGACAUUAAAGGCGUUACACCAGGGUUGAAUCUAGACCAUCUGUCUUAAAAUUUGUGGUGAUUGUCUAAAUUGAAUGUAAACCACUUCUAGUGGCUUUUGUCUCACAGUAUUUUGUAAGAAGAGUGAAAGUGAAUGAAUGGGAAUCCAAUGUACAAUCCACUUGUAGCCCUCAGGAUUCAAUAACUGGAUGUAAUAAUUUUUUGCCUCUAAUGGACCAAAACUAAUCAUUAUUAAUAUGUUACUGAAGGGUUCUCAGGGAUGUUUUCACUAUGUUUGUGUUUUCUUUGUCCAAGCUUUGGGGUUUUCUUUUAUGUAAUAUGUCAAUUAGAAGAGCUUUAAAAUUUGUGACUCAAUCCUGAGUGUAAAUUCUUGAGGAAAAGGGAAUUUUGCCCUCAGUAGAACUUAAAUCAAAGAGAAAUAAAUCAAGCUUAAUCUAGAUUUGUAGAAUAAAGAUGCCCAAAUAAUUGCCUUUACAGCAUAUGAUAGGGAAUAGGGUUGAACCAGUAAGGAAUUUAAAAGUAGUAAAUAAAAUGUCUGUUUUGCCAAAUAUGUUGUCUCAUGUAUUGGGACCAGAUUUCAGUAUUGCUGAAUAUAAACAAAGGUAGCCCAAAUAACAGUGAAUGCCUCUGUACUGGACUUUGAGGAAGAUCUAAAUAGCAACUUAUGUAUUGGACACUCUGUCCGUCAGGGAAGCCAAGCUGAAAAUGCAGUUUCCUGUGGGCUUUCUAUAGCCCCCAGAAUUGUGUGUGCCUAAAGCUUAAUGCUACAGCCCUAAGCAGCAGGCAUCCCAAAGAGGAUCUGUUCCUGCAGUCCGGAGAGCUCCAAGAACAUACAGCAAGUAGAGCUGGGAGCUUACCAUGUUCCCAUCUGUUCCCAAAGCAUUCUUAUUUUUAAGAUCAUUGUAGUCCUAGUUCAGUAGAGUAGCAGUUUGUUUCACAAAGAGGCCCACUAGAUAUUGCAGUCUGGAUCUCAAGCCAAAAAAGUGGUAUUGGGAGGGGGCUGGUCCUUCGCGUUUUGUAUGCAUACUGUUCCUGGGAUUUGUAUGUGCAGAUAUACAACUGGAUGGCAAGCCAAUCCUAAAAGGCAGAAAAGCAAGAUAGAUACUAGCUUUAAGAGGAAUAAGGAGGUCUAAAUUGGAAAUCUAGUAUAGUAUGCUUUAGAGUGAGUCAGAUGUCAAAAAAGUACGCUGCUUGAGCACAACCCAUGUGUAUGUCUUUAAAAUGUACACAGACACCUGUACUGAUCAGUGCUUUGAAGCAAUGUGGAGCCUGAAGUCUUAGUUAGCAGGACUUUCAUUAAGUAAGCAUUUUUGGCCUUGUAUUUAUUUAUUUUUUUAAAUGUGUCCAAUUUGGAUGAGAACUGCCCUUAAAAUGUACGCACUAAAAAUCAAUCUUUCCAAAAUAGCCUAUUUUGUUAUACAACCUUAUGCUGGACAUAGUAUUGAUUUAUGUAUUAAUCUUGUUAAAGCUAAUGAAUAAAUUUGCACAAAAAAUGUUGUUGCUUGUUAUUCAGUUUGUGUGUGUCUUGUACUGAUCCCAUAGCUGGUUUUUCUGUUGUGGUGGGAUGGGAACAGCCAGGAAGCACUAACAAAUAGCAUUGAGGAGAAAGGAAAUAGUAAACGGAGUAAAAACCUUUCCAUGACACUAAGUCUGUCUUCAGUAAACUGCUUUUUAGUUACCAUUCCACAGAAUCUUACAACCUCAGCACAGGACCA